CUUCUACACAGACCAAGCCUUCAACAGCGACUAAGCCUACACCAUCUACGAAACCAACAUCACCGACAAAACCUACACCAUCGAAGCCUACUUCGGCAAAACCAGUAGCAGCCAACGUUGCAAUGGCGAAAUCUGUGUCGGGUGAAACUGUACCGGCGAAGACUACAAAGCGCCAAUCGCUCAAAGCUACCAAAACAAAACCAACUCCAACGCGUAAAACCACUAAACGCACUAGCCGGCCGAGCACAUCGCCAGCAGCGUAAAUCGAAAUUGAUCUAAGCUUGGAUUGCAAAAUGCACCCUCCCCUCCAUCUUGAUGCUUCUAGAGCCGUUCGAUUCCAGUUGUUCAAUUAAAGUAAACGUUUUGCAGAACUCCCAACAUCCGAUUUGUCUGUGUCUAUCACACUGUACAGUAAGUGAAGGCCACACGUUAUGUUUCAAUAAACAAAAAGUCUGUAAUUUCACCAAUCGCUGGCUGUUUGCUUUGUCUCACUGUGACGUAAAUCGUCACAGAUCGUGUGUGACCGGUGCGUCAUCGUUGCAGAAAGGUGUUUACUCAAAUGUUUUCGAGAUUAAAGUUUGGGACUAUAUAAAGUCUGGCGCCGAGAUUAUCCAGUAUCAGAGAGGACGGAAACAAUCAAAAGACCCUUGACAAUGAAGAACUUGGCAGUACUUGUGUUGAUCGUGAUGGCGCUUCUAGCACUGAACUUUGCUGAAGGUAGACCUUCAUCAUCAUCGGAGGAAUCAUCAGAAGAAGUUAUAGCCACUACCAGAACCACAAGAUCGACCACUACACGUCGGACCACCACCACCCGUCCAACUACGACGACCCGUCGGACUACCACCCGUCCAACAACCACUACACGUCGCACUACCACUCGACCAACUACUACAACACGACGAACCAGCACGGCCAGUUCGGCCAGCACUGCCCGUUCGUCCAGCACUGCCAGUUCGCCCAGUACUGCCAGUUCGGCCAGCACUGCUCAAUGAUUCGAAGCACACAGUACCGACAAAAAUGCACGCAAAUAUGGAAAAAGGUGUGGCGAGAAUUACUGUUUUUGAGGUAAUGGAAGAGAACUUGAAUACUCUUUACAUAC